AUGGUCCUAAAAAUAGCCCAUGAGUGGUUCAAGGGGCAAAACAAAGAUAAGUCUUUCAUAUAUGGGUAUCUGUGGAAAGUGUCCAAGGAGAUGCCCAAAUGGCGUAGAAUCAUCCAAGAGGAGAGCACAACAAAAAGGACCAAGCUAUCUAACUCAGGAGCGUACACUUCUUCAUCCAACCAAGACACAGAGGGGGAAACCAUAAGUAAAGAGGAACGUCCUGAGGGGCAGAAGAAAGCGAAGGCAAGGAUCAAAGGGUCAGGAAAAUCUGCUGCACCAACUCCUUUGAGCAACCAACCAAGUCAGAAUAUGGUUAUGUAUCAUGAAGCUUUGUCAAUGAAAGCAAAAACAGCAAGGGACAAAAAGUAUAAAACCUAUUUAAAACUGUUGGCAGUAGAUACCUCAAACUUCAAUGAAAAAGAAAAAAAAUAG